UUGUAGGUAGUUAGUUACUUAUAUUUAUUGAUUUCUGCUUUUUCUUCUACCUAAGGCCCAAUUCUCCAUUUUAUAACUUCCAUAUCACUUUCCUUCUAAACCUUUAAACUGCCGCUGAAGCACAAAUCUAACCACCGCACAAAAUGCUCACGCUACGCACCGCCGCAAUUGUUGCCUUCAUUUUCUCCUCCACAUUAUGCACGGCGUACGCCCAGGCGCCCUCCCCUGCGCAGUUGCCGCCUUCAGCACCUUCACCUUUAGGGCCGUCAUUGGCGCCGACAACACUCGACUGCAUGACACCGGUGCUCAACAUGUCGGAUUGUUUGACUUAUGUGGGGCAAUCUAGUAAUGUGACGGUGCCGGAUAAGAAUUGUUGCCCGGAGCUGGCUGGAUUGAUCGAUGGAAGCCCUAUUUGUUUGUGUCAGCUGCUGAGUAAUAGUAGCUUGACAGAGUCUUAUGGUAUUAAGAUCGAUAUCGGUAGAGCUCUUAAGCUUCCUUCUGUCUGUCGUAUCAGCACUCCUCCGAUGAGCACUUGUGCAGCUGCGGGAUAUCCAGUGCCAGGUCCAAUAUCAGGCCCAACUCCAAGCGAAGUGUCUACCUCACCAGGUCUAGCCAGCAGUCCAUCAUCAGGAAAUGACAAAGGAGCUUCAAACAUCGCAGGCUCUGCUCAAGCAUUUAUUAUUGGCUUCGCAUUUUCAUUUCUUCUAACAUUAUUCUGAAUUGGGAAUUUGUACGUAUUUGUGAGAUUUUCAGAGCUUUUGCAGUUUGAUUUCCUUUAUUCAAAUGUUUUAAUCAUACAUGGUAUUUGUGGUAGCAUUAGUGAUUAAUAUAUAUGUUGGAGUUGUUUAAUUUA